UCGACCUCAAUUUUUAAUAAAAUUCCUUAAUAAGCAAGUUGGGCCCCCUUUUUUACUUUUCUUUGGGGGGGGAGGGGGGUUACACUCCCCACUACUGAAAAUUGUUGAGAAUUUACAAUAAGUGACUGGGAAGCUGUGGGAUUUGUGAACAAAGGAGUUUAAAUAAUAAAGACAAAACAGUCAGUUCGCAGCUCUCCAGAUAUUCUGAUAUUGUUAUGCAAAGUGUUUUUAGGCCAACUGCAACCGGUCUGUUUUCCCUGCAACUUACAUCGCAAUCUUUUUAGGCAAACAAUAUUUUGCAGGUUGCAGUAAGACUCAGAUUAGGGCAACUCAUUAAGUUACUGUAGCUCAGCUUUGUCAUCAUGGACAUGGUGAGGCAAGUUGGACUUGAUUAGCUGAUUAUAUCAAAACCUGUGCAUUAACAAACAUGAAUGUUCUGCACAUUAACAAACAUGAAUGUUCUGCAUGAGCAUAUGCAAUGCUGUUAUCUACAUCUGUUCACCUUUAAUCCUUAGGUUCCUAAUACCCAAAUUCCAUAUUAAUCAAUAUAUUGCACAAUAAAAGGGCCUAAAAGCUAUAUUCCAGUUUUAGUUUAAUAGUUUUGUAUAAAUUAUAACAUCACAUAUAAGAAGCUUAUACAGAAUUGACACACGCAGCUGUUUAAAAACUCAGCUAUUAUUUCAGAGUACUAUAAAUUUAAUUAACACCAGCCAUUUGUCCAAGAACAGUGAACAGUCAAGUAGUCAACCACAUAUAUUCAGAUAUUGGUAUAGUCUAAAACUCUUUACUGUUGCGCGAAGUUAAAUUUUGGGAAUUCUUCAAGCUGUUUAGAAUCACCACCAUAUCUUCUUUGUAACUGAGCUAUUUCUUUCUCUCUUCUCGCAUCUGCUUCCUCGCCUGCAUCAACCAACUUUCCACCUUUGCUCUUCGUUUUAUACUCGGCCAACUUGUUCACAAAAAGUUCUUGUAUAGGAUCCAAAUUUUGCUUAGCAGGAACCGCUGAUGAAGCCCAGAUACUCCUUGAACCACGAGCUAGUAUAUCCAAAGCUUUAACUGACCUAAAUAGCGCCAUAACUUGCCUUUUUCGAUGGUCUUUUUCAAUACAAACUACUAAUACUUUUCCAAGAUGGCGGAUUUUUCGUGUGCAAGUGGAGUUGUCACCAGUCCUUAUACCGGAAGUCACGGUUGAUUCCCUGACCGGAAAUUGUAUUAUAUAAGUGGUUGUAAAAAGUUUAGGUUUACAGAAUUUUAGAUAUUUUAUAUUUGUUAAAAUCUUUAAGAAGAAUGAUGGCAGAGAUUAAGCGAUCUAUGAAAGUAGGUUCACGAAAAAGCCAGGUAUGAAAUUUGUGUUAGAUAUAAAAUACAAUUUAUAGAAUCUUAAUCUAAUUCUUGUAUUUAAGCCAUUAAGUUGCAUUUCACACUGAAUCCCUGAUGCAUGUGCUCUUCUCUACCUUCUAUUCUGUUCAACCCAGUGUGGAAAGUUUGUAUUGCGCGGCGGAUAUCUCUGGUGCGCAAUUUUGAUGCUUUCUAUAUAUUUACUAUUAAAUUUUCGAAAUCUCCGGCGCGCAAUUUCCAAACUUUCCAGUCUGGUGUUCAACUAUCUGCCCAUGGCUCUAAUUAACCCAUUAAGUUGUGUUGCACCCUCAUGCACCCAAUUUAAUUAUUUAGUCUAUCUAAGCAGAGAGAGCACUGGCACUCAAUUCGAUCCACAUGAUUAGAAUUGCUCAGGACCACAUUAAAUCAAACGUCUCAGUGAUUAGCGAUUUUGAAGCGAUAUAUCCACUGUGUUAACCUAUAUUUCAGUAUUGCAUUAGCAGGUUACCCGUAAAGGGGCAACUAGCUCUGUGGGUUAAACCGGUCAUGUGACAAAGAUUGUAAAAUAAAAUUCAAUGCUUUAAAGUAGAAAAUUAAUAAACAAUUUCUAUAGACAUGCAUGUGCACACAUUGGGCCAUUCCAUUUAAUAUAGGCACCCCCUAUUGAGGGGUCUGGAAUCCUAUUGGGGGGGGGGGGGGUUACCUGGAAUUUUCCUAGAGGGUAGCUUAAGAAAUUCAGGCCUUAAAAUAUCGGUCGGUCACAGACAUUGUCCGACCCAUUCGUGAAAUUGUCCGUCGUAGAGAGGAAACCACCGGAUAUUCUGUCCGACCAAAGUGAAACUGAGAUUUAUUGUUUGUCCGACCCGAGUGAAUUGAUGUCCGACCGAACUGUAGCUGUGUCCGACGUAAAUCAAAAUGUAUCCUAGCCCAGGACUAGAGGCUUGUAUGUUAAAUGGAAAAUCAGAGUACUAUUGUAUAAAAGGUGAACUGGAAAUGUUGUUUUAACGUAGUCGAGCGCGGGGCGGCGAGCGAAAUGGUGAAGUGGAAAACGGGCUUAAGUUGUCGAAGUCUUUUUUAAUACUGCUGUUCUGGCAAGCAAGUUAAUUUUGGCUUGGAAAUAAGUAUGAAAGAAACAAAUUAUUUAAUAUCUUUACAACAUUUACAGUUUAUUCAUUUGUGUCAUUCAGACUUAUUUCCGAGUCAAAACUGAACUGAAGGUCAUCAGACAUAUGUCCGACCCAAACUCAACGUCACCGGACAUUUUGUCAGAGGGCCCUGUAAAAGAUAUUUUAAGGCCUGGAAAUUUUCCAAAAAAUAGCAAAAAUGAGGUGUUUUAGUGAUAUCCAAGGGGGGUAAAAACGAUAUCUUAAAGGGGGUAUAAAUUAAGAUAUCCUAAAGGGGUAACUUCCAAAAAUCACAUCCAAGGGGGUUCUAAAAUUUUUAUAUCCUAAGGGACAGGUCAUUAUUUUUAAUAUUGAAAGCCCCCCCCCCCUUAAAAGAGCAGAAAUUUAAUGAUGACCCCCCUACAUAUUAAAAUAUUUUUCUUUUACCCCCCCCCCCAUUUUCAUUUUUACUCGUCAAGUGGGGAUACCCAGGCUUUAUAGUGUUAAUUAUUAAUUAAAUAUGAAUAUGGAACUGACAAGAAGUAUUGCCAUAGCAGCUGCGCAGCAACGAGAGCAACAUUCAGUGAAUAUUAGCAGCAAAAGGAGAUAGCCAUGACAAUUCUGCCAAGGCAUACCUCCGGCACCAGUCACACUGACAAGUCAGUGGAAACAAAAUACAAUGUAUAGUGGUCUAUACAUCCUAUUUUAUGCAAGAUUAAAAAUUAUAUAUAUAAAAAUUAUAUAAUAAUAGAAUAAAAUGACAUACUACCAGAUAAAAUCCUCUAGAAUAAACAUGGGUGGGUGGGUAGGGAAAAGGUAUCUAAGCGCUAAACUUUGCAGCUAGGCAAAACAUACAAUGGCAGAAUGAAUUCCGGCAGGUACAAAACUCAGGUUGCAGGUUGCAGGUUGGAAUUUUGCAGGUUGGGAAUUUUGCAGGUUGGAAUUUUGCAGGUUGGAAUUUUGCAGGUUGGGGAUUUUGCAGGUUGCCACUUUGUUAUUAUUAUUAUUAUUUUUAUUUUUAUUAUUAUUUAAGGUUUAUUUUGACACAUGAAUAAUACACAUAUAGACUAUUACAUUUGAGAAACAUAUGGACAACAUCAAACAACAGGUGCCAAAAGAGGCGAAGCACAAACGAGACCAGGUCCCAUGCAGGGUGCACACCACUAAAUAUUACAGAACAUACAAAAUAUAUGAAAUAGAAAAGAGAAAUGGAAGGUUAGAAGCACAGUAGAUGAAAAGAGAGAAGAGGUAGAAAGAGAUACAUAGAGGAGUGGAAGAUGUCAGUUGGUCGUGAUCAAAGAGUGCGAGAUAGGUAUUUAUUCAUCAGGAGUGUAAACAGUUCAAAGCUUCCAUGCAACCCUCCCGAUUUGAUCGGGAGGCUCCCGAUUUGUUGGCAAAUCUCCCGAUCUCCCGAUUUAUAUUUAAACCUCCCAAUUUUACGAAUGAAAAGAAAAAAUGUUACUAAUUCGCGUACGGUAAAAACGGUUGUCGGAUCGACAAAAAAGCGGUAUUUCGCCAAGAGGGGUGUUUUGUACGACAAAGUUCCGUAAUAUUUCGCAUGAAAGGCGGAAAUUUACAGUUGUUGUAUUCACGAGUCUCGGAAUCAAGAAAUGGCGCUUCUGAAAGAAAGUUUAAAUUUUCUAAAUUAUCUACCCAGUCACACUAGAGGUCAACGUUUUCUUGCCUUUACCAGACCUCCCGAUUUUUGGAGAUGUCAAGUUGGAACGUCUGACAGUUUGGCAUCCAAAACCAAAUUUUAGUAUCCCAUGGAUAUCGGGAUACUGAAAAUUUCAGACCCUGGCCGGAGUUUUGACUGCCGGAGCUAAAAUAACCGGAGUUUGCACAGCUCUACUUGUUUGGGAGGGAUUAAUGGAAGUAGAGAGCCUGCCUUGCAAGGUUGUAAAUUGAAACCAGGCAUUAUGUAUCAGUCAAUGCCAGCAAUGCCCAUCCCCCCAUGGGCCACCCCCGGUCCUUCAAACAGACUAUAACAUGGCAGAUUUCCCUGGAAAAGAUACUGAUUAAAGAAUUUUUUGUAGGUUUGCAUGGCGAUAAAACAUAUAAUACUUUUUGUUUGUGGAAACACCAUGUAAAUUUAUUACUUUGCUUAAUUUGCGGUAAUAAAUUUAAUUUGGUGUUUCCACAAACAAAAAGUAAUACGGUAUAGGAGUCUGGUACUGAAUCCGUUUGCAAAUGGCUAAUUGAUACUCAUUCCUUGGGAUGGUCUUUCAGUGAAAGUACCAUUGUCUUUGUUCAUUGAUGAGUAAAAUCUUUUGUCUAGACAUGAAAUACAGUAGUUUUUCUCCUUCAAUGGACAAUGAUCACUAGCCUAUAAACAACAUAGACGGAUUUUCAUAUUUUUUACUGGGGUGGUGCCAGAAAUUUUAGGGGGGUGAGCCGUGAGCAGGUGACUGAAGCAACACAAAGUGUCACCAAACCCCAGUAAGGUCUAUAUUCUAGGGGUGGAGCACUAUAGUGCCGCGAGGGGGAGUCUAGAGAGCAGAAAACAAAGUAUCCCAGGAAAAAUUUGAAAAAAUCAUGAUUUCUGGCUUCGAAAAAGUUUUUUGAAGUUGUCAUAUCAAUGGAUUUGGCAUGUCUGAUUGUCUGUUGAGACUUGGGAGAGUUAAAGUUAAAUGAACCUGUAAAAGUGUAAACCCAAUAAGCCAAUACACAAUAUGCUUUUAUUUUUAUAAAGUCAUUGACAUAAGGUCGUUUGAAAUUUUGAAUCCGAGUACAAUUUAUGAUGCAACUCCGAUGUAAAUAAUAUUUGGGGCGUAAAGAUUAAAUCUAGGCAAGUCUAUUUCCUAAAAGAAUCAAAAACUAAAAAUAAUGUUCGUAAAAAUUCCAAACGUUCCUUGCAAGCAAGCUAUUUGCAUGGCAAGGCACUGCAAACUCUAUUCAGGGGAGAUAAUAGAGUUUCAAGACUUUACAAUCGCUCCAAUAAACCAGUGAAUGCAAGCGAGGAGUGAUUAGUUUCAGAGUAUUGCACCGUCUUUUUCUAUUUGAGUGUACUCCUACGUUUAUUUUGUAUCAUCAACACUCUGCACGUUGGAGUGGACUAUUUAAUUAUUUUUUAAUAUGCCGAAUAUUGGGGGGGGGGUGACAUUUUUUUUGGAGGGGUGGACAUUUUGUUUGGGGGGUUAUAGCUAAUAUUGGAGGGGUAGCACCCCCUGCACCCAACAAAAAUCCGUCUAUGAUAAACAAUCAUCUAUGAGUGCAUCGCCGACCAUCAGCGACAAACAAAAGCUUAGCCUAGCUUGUUAGACAGUAAAGACAAUAUUUUCGUUGGGUUGACAUUAUUAUUAUAGGUCUAUAGCUACAGUAGAUGCACUGAAGUUAGGGUUGAGAAUUUAUACUGUUGCAUAAGUAUAAAAUAAUUUUUAUUCUUGUUGUAGAACUUCUAUUUUGUAGUUCGCAUUUAUAUUGUCCAUAGAAUUAUAAUGUGCAAAUCAAUGUGUACUAUACAGUCAAAUGAUAUUAUUGCCCAGGGUGGGGAUAUAGACCCAAUUUGUUUGCACAGGGGUGGGGCUUAACACAGUUCUUCUCUCCUCUGAUCCACUAUUACAUAUUUGGUGCUACCAUGCAAGGAGAGGAGGGGCAAGAGGGGGUGACUGCCACUGGAACAAGGCAUAUUUUGCAAUGGGAACAUAACCAAAUAUCAUAGGGAACAAGGUGAAAUCUCUUUGGGAACAAGGGAAUGAAGGAAAGCUUUUCAAGUGAAUAAUUAACACAGAAACACAGACCCUGUUGGAAUAUCUGGGUUAUAAAGCGUUUGCACGUGACGUCACAGCCGCCAUGUUGGUGUUACAAUUCAAAAUAAUUUUAAUUAGACCACAGGCGGAUUUACUGGGUGGGAGGUUAGGGUUGGUUAAAGCCCCCCCUAGAAUCUCUCUAACCCCUCUUAUAAAGUGUUCAACCCCACCAAAAUUUCACUUCACCCCUCCUAUAUUGUGUGAAAAUCUUUAAGCCUAAACCCUGCCAAAGGUUGCUAAGUGGUGCCGCUUGCACCCCACUAGAAAUGUUUCCUCCCCUCUUCUAAAAAAAAUGAAAAUCCGCCCUUGAAUUAGACUCUUUUGUCUGGAACACCAACAUGGCUGCCAUGGCUUUUGGUCCCUGGGGAAUGAGUGCAGAUGCUCUAUACCAAUCAACAGCCAAUUUAUGAAAUCUUGAAGAAAGAAGCCUUUACACAACUGGCCCUGUGUAAUUGAUAACUUGUUGAUAAAACAGAAAAAUUAACUCGCAUUAUAUGGGUAUCACAAGACUGACAAGAGUAUUAAAUUAUUAAAUUUUAAUUGCUGUUUUUAAUCGUUUUAGCUUGCUUUAAUACAGACUAAAUUUAUAAUUGGAGAAGUGAAGAAGUUAUUUCCAGAAUAUAGUUUUGAAAUUGGUAUAUAAUAAUUAUACUUGUAAUAAUAUUAGUUACUUCCUACUUGUUAAAAUUGCCACAAUUGCUUUUCAGAUAUAAUAAAAUUCAGUGACCUCAAAAUAAUGUAUAUGUUGCAUAUAGUACAUUAUUUGAGGUCACUAAAAUUGACAUUUUGUAAUUUUUGCAGUAACAUUGGAUACAUUGGGUGAUAAAGUACUGGAUAAAGCCUUGCCUAAGGUUGUUUCAUCAUAUUUAACAUUGUCAGAAUAUAUGAAAACCUUCGUGUAUAACAUUGCAGCAAUCUGUUUUUGCAUUUUUCAAUAGAUUGGCGAGAAAGCAUUGUUUACUAAAGAAUUGGAAGAUGCCUUACUGGAUGGAAGGUGCUAAAACAUUAGCAAAUUCUACCUUGCAUGCCUUGCUACAUAUAGGCGGGGGGCUGCAGCUCCAAGUCAGGCAGAUUCUAGUUAAAAAUGAGGCAUAUAUAGUGCUAUAAGAAACUGGGCAAUUCUACUGAAAAAUGGAACAAAUGGUGAAAGGAAAGAACGACACAUAUUAAAAUAGGCGAAAAAGUAAGAAAUAUGUAACAAUGGGAAAAUGUCAUAACUGAUGUCUUCCGCUCCCUCCCUCCCCAGAUUCUGCCUUGCUGCCUCGCAUAUUAGCAAUACUCAAUGUUACUCAUUUUAUUUUGAUAUCUUGUUUUUUUUACGUAUAAUUAGAGUAAGACCUACAUAAUUCAGACCUAAUCCUUGUUGAAAACUAGUGUUCUAUGAUCUUGUUUCUUUGUUCUGUGAUCUAGAUUUGAAAAUAUAAUGUCUUAAACUUUUAAUAAUGAUCACAUUUUAGCAGCACGUCAAGUGAAAUUACUUGUCUUCAGCCAAAGACUGUUCUUUUCCACAAUAUCAUUGGUCGCUUCAUUCUUUCAUCAAUAGAGAGGUUCAAAUUUCACUUCCACUACCGCUACCUCUUGCUGGCUUAGUAGUACGCUUCUGAUUGGUUAAUUGGAUAUACGAAACUCAUCUGAUUGGUUAAUCGGAUAUACCAAACUCGUCUGAUUGGUUAUAAUGGUAGCGGUAGUCAAAUCUGAACCUCUCUAUUAAGUACAUGACAUUCACUCCAUCAGGAUUGUAGGUACCGCCGUACUGGUAACUUAAUGUCACCAUUCAAACAUGAAACAUGAUAGUAAGAAAUUAAACUGUAGGGUUUUAACGUUGGCCACAGUGUUGUAAACUAUAUAUUGUAAACGAUGCACGUCAGCCAAUCAAUCUAUAAAUUAAACGAGAAAAAAUGAACUGUACUGCCGAAUGCAGUUACGUAAGAAAAUUAUUAUCAUGGCAAAAGAAAACAUGACAAGACGAAAGAAACUUGGUGCGCAAACUAUGCGUGUUUUUAUCACAAAAAAUAUAAUUUUUAUAAUUUACAGUUUCUGUCGUUGUCUAUUUCCUAUGUUUUUUCUUGUAGUAAUCAAUAGAGAAAAAAGAAUAGAAAUCUUACCUUGUCCUCAGCCAGAAUUUCUCUACCUCCAUCAUGUCAGAAUCAAAUACCUAAUUUACUCUCGUCUGCAUUUUCACUACUUCUGUUUUAAAACAAGUUUUUAUUUAACUUGUUAUUUUUACAACCGUUUCACCUAUACAGUAACUCUGAGUUUGUUUUAUUUAAGAGUUGAUUUUGUCGUUCAUUCCUUAAAAGAUCUUCCAACAACGCUACCCGAAGGUUUAGGAAUUGGAACCAUUUGCCG